CUUCAUUACCUGAUUAUACACAGCAACAGAAAAAGGAGUAUAAGAACAGGGUUUUACAGUUACUAUUAGGAGGAGCCUUCUUCUUUUGUGAAGGUCUGUUGAAUUCCCGCUGGCGCUGCUGCUGCUGCUUCUCUGGCCUUGUUUUAAUGGUGUACCAGUCCUUUUUUCACCCCCUUUCUGCAAGAAUCAAAACUACCCAGAAAGAAAAGUUGAACUGUCCAUUUCUCAGCAGAUUCAAAUCCGAGCGUUUUUUAAUUUCCUUUACUCUUUUCCAUAUUCUGGGUCGCUUCCCAAUGUCAGGGUACCACUAUUAGUCUAGUCUCUUUCUCUCUUUCUGCUCCCCUCUUCCAGAAAAUUUCUUAUAUUCAAUCUCUCCCUCUCACCGUGUGACCACCAACCCAUGAUGCAAUUCACUGAAACACCACCUCCACCACCACCACCUCAACCCCCAUCCUUCCACCAAUCACCACCACCGUUGUUUUCUAGCGUCUCCAUGAACAAGAACCAAGUGCACCACCGAACCCGCCCUUGGCCUGGCUUCCCGACGCCCAAGUCCUUGGGGAGCUUCGGCGACUCGAACUGCAUGGAGCAGUUGCUGGUGCACUGCGCGAAUGCCAUCGAGACCAACGACGCGACCCUCGCCCAGCAGAUCCUCUGGGUCCUCAACAACAUCGCCCCGGCCGAUGGCGACUCAAAUCAGCGGCUGACGUGUGGCUUCCUCCGUGCCCUCGUCGCUCGGGCUGCCAACAACGGCACGUGCAAGAUGCUGGCGGCGGUGGCAGCGAAUGCCCAGAACUACGACAACCUGCGCAAUGAGACGCGUAAGUUCUCCAUCAUUGAGCUCGCGAAUUUCGUGGACCUGACCCCGUGGCAUCGGUUCGGAUUCACUGCAGCGAAUGCUGCCAUAAUCGAAGCAGUCGAAGGGUACUCAGUGGUUCACAUAGUCGACUUGAGCACGACGCAUUGCAUGCAGAUUCCUACUCUUAUUGAUGCGAUUGCCAAUCGUCUUGAAAGGCCCCCAUUGGUGAAGCUCACGAUUGCCGGUGCCGUGGAGGAUGCCCCGCCCAUGCUUGAUCUUUCAUAUGAAGAGUUGGGAUCCAAGUUGGUGAGUUUUGCAAGGUCUCGAAACAUACACAUGGAAUUUCGGGUCAUUUCUUCAAGUCACACCGACGGAUUCACGUCCUUGAUUGAACAACUCAGGAUGCAGAAACUAAUGUACUCGGGAGGAAUUGGAGAACCAGAAGCACUUGUUAUAAAUUGUCACAUGAAACUUCACUUUGUGCCGGACGAGACCGUACCGUUAAUAUCGGAUUCCGAAGCAAACCCUAAUUACUCUUUUGAGUCUUCUUCGGUAUAUUCUCCUCGGUCAACGCUUCUCAAGGCGCUUCGGUGCUUAGACCCGAAUGUUGUCAUCUUAGUAGAUGAGGACGCAGACUUCACAUCGAGCGAUGUUGCCUCAAGAUUGUGGUCGGCGUUCAAUUAUCUUUGGAUUCCUUACGACACGGUUGACACUUUCCUCCCGAGGGGAAGCAAGCAGAGGCAGUGGUACGAGUCUUACAUAUAUUGGAAGAUACAGAACGUCAUCGCGCAAGAGGGUCUUCGGAGAAUCGAGAGGCUCGAGCCAAAGAGUCGGUGGGUGCAGCGGAUGAGGAACGCGGACUUUCGGGCUGUCCCGUUCGGGGAGGAUGCGGCCUCUGAAGUCAAGGCCAUGCUCGACGAGCAUGCAGCUGGGUGGGGAUUGAAGAAGGAAGACGAUGAUCUUGUAUUGACAUGGAAGGGACAUAAUGUGGUUUUUGCUACUGCAUGGUUGCCUGCUUGAUUACCAUUUUGUUUUUUUGGGAUUUAGGCUUUAGUGCUAUUUCGCAGUUUAUUAAGUAGUUCAUUAGUCAUAAAUUUAUUCAAGUCUAUGUUAACUAGCUAGUACUUUGAACUUCUUCCAGAAUCGGAAGAACGAGAGACCUGAGGGCUCAUUCAGCUGAUACUCAGUUUGCUCGAUCAUAUAUAUAUUGA